AGUUCAUGGAAGUUAUAAAGUUGCAUUUGCUAAACUUGAGGAACGUUUCGAGGAAGAGAAAUUGCAAGCAUGGAGAGAGGCUUUGAUGAGAGUAGCCAAUCUACCCGGUUGGGCUUCAAACGAGUUUAGGUUCGAAUCAAGUUUAAUCGACACAAUUGUUGAUGUGGUGAUUAAGAAACUCAAUGAUUCAUCUGUGUCAAGGGAUGAUUAUUUACAGGGCCUGGUCGGAGUUACCGAACGCAUCGAGCAAAUUGAAUCACUGUUACAUAUUGGCUCAUUAGACGUUCAUAGUAUAGGUGUUUGGGGCACAGGUGGUGUAGGUAAAACAACCCUUGCUCGUGUUGUAUUUUACCGGUUAUCUUCUCAAUUUGAAGCUUGCUGCUUUCUCGAAAAUGUCCGUGAGGAAUCGAAGAAGCGUGGGCCAGAUCAUUUUAAAAAUAAACUUUUUCGUGAAUUGUUGAAGGUUAGGAUUCACAGCGUCACACUGCAGUUUGAAAAAGAUAGGCUCCGCCGUAAAAAGGUUCUAAUUGUCUUUGAUGAUGUAGAUGAUCCUGAACAACUGGAACAUUUGUACAAUGCUUCGUGGUUUGGUCCUGGAAGCAGAAUUAUUAUAACAAGUAGAGAUAAACAAGUUCUAAGGAAUAUUGGAGUAAGAAGAACGUUCAAGGUAGAGAGAUUAGAUUAUUUUCUAGCUCUUGAACUUUUUUCUCUCCAUGCUUUUAAAAAGAGCUCUCCUACCGCUGAUAAAGGUGAGUUGUCAAGAAGGAUAGCAAAAUAUGCCGGAGGUGUUCCAUUGGCGCUUAUAGUUUUGGGCCGCCACGUUUAUUCUAAAAGCAUAAAAGAAUGGCAAAGUACAUUGGAUAAACUGCAAAAGAUUCCUGACAAGAAAAUUCAGAGUGUGUUGAGAAUAAGCUAUGAUUCACUUGAGGAGACAGAGAAAGAUAUAUUUCUUGACAUCGCGUUUUUCUUCAAAGGAGAGAAUAGAGAUCGUAUAGAAGAAAUACUAAAUGGUUGCGAUCUCUUUGCGACUGCAGGAAUAAGUGUUCUCAUUGACAAGGCUCUACUAAUUGUUUCUCAGGAUUCAAAUAUGAUAUGGAUGCAUGAUUUGAUACAAAUGAUGGCUUUUGAGAUUGCGCGCCCCCAGUCUACUAAUCAAGAUCCCAAAAUUGGUAGUAGGAUAGGGACUGGAGACGAUUUUUAUCAUGCACUAAAAAAUGAUAGAGGAAUUGAAAAUAUUACAGGAAUAUCUUUGGAUACGUCAAUUUUUAAUCGAGAAAUUAGCUUGUUGCCCACAACCUUUUCAAAGAUGUGUGAAUUAAGAUUGCUCAAAAUCACUGGUGGCAAGCUAUGCCUUCCUCAUGGUCCUCUCAUCUUUCCAAACGCGCUCAAAUAUCUCGAAUGGCAUUCAUAUCCUUUAAAGUCAUUGUCAACAAAUUUUACAGCCGAGAUGCUUGUUGCACUUGAUAUGCGCGGAAGCCAGCUUGAAAAACUUUGGGAAGGUGCCCCGCAUUUAGAUAAUUUAAAAAGAGUCGAUCUGUCGGGCUCCAUGUACCUAACUCAAGUUCCAGAUCUCUCACUUUCUCCAAAUCUUGAGAGCAUAACACUUCAGUACUGCGUACGUUUGAUCGAAGCUCCGUCAUAUAUCGAACAUCUUGAGAAGCUUAAAGAGCUUUCUCUCAUAGGCUGCCCAUCCCUUUGCAAGCUAUCAGCGCUUCCAAGGAAUUUAAGAACAUUAAAAGUGCUCACUGGACCAAUUCAGCUUGAUCAAACCGAUUGUUCUUGUAGCAACAACAUUACAUGGUAUCCCUCUUUUGAGUUUUCAUCAAAGUUGGAAAGAUUUCCAAUCAUCCCAGAGCUCAUCAAGUCCAUAAGGACUCUCAAAUUAGAUUUUGCGGCAAUUAAAGAGCUGCCUUCGUCAAUAAGCAACUUAUCCGGGCUCAAAACAUUAAGCCUGAAAUUUUGCCAAAAUCUUGAGUUUCUCCCUGAUAGCAUCCAUUGUUUAAGGUCUUUACGCAAACUCAAAAUUGCUUUUUGUCGAAAUCUUAAAUCAUUACCAAUACUUCCUUCGUCGUCUCUAAUAUUUCUUGAUGCGACGUGUUGCGCCUCGUUGAAGACGAUGUCAAAUUCAGUAACUUCGAUCAAACAAAAUUGGGAUGAUCUCCAUAAUAGACGAUAUAAGUGGGAAGAGUUCAAAUUUUGGGGUUGCGGAAUGUUGGAUGAGAACGCACACAAUGCUCUUAUGGAUGAAGCACUGUUUAGAAUUUUGCGUUUGGCAACUUUAGUAAAUAAAUACGGACUCUAUCAUAAUGCUCUUGAUGAAGAUGAAGGUGACACGUUGGCGCGGGUAUAUAAUAAAAUUUUCUGGUCAGAAAGCAAAAUUCCGAGGUGGUUUAGUCAUAAGAGUGAGGAAUCUUCGAUAUGUAUGAACGUUCCACAUCCUGAUCAAUGGUAUAACAACAGCUACUUGGGUCUUGCCGCUUGCGUCAUUGUUGAGUUCGAUGACCUCUCAACGACUAAACCGAUCUCUUUAGAAGUUUAUUGGGAGUCCGUUUACACGUUCCCUAAUGGAGAUUCAUGGAGUCAGAGAAGAGUUGUGCAAUUUGAUCUUUCAUAUGAAUAUCAUGUUCAUGGUAUUCGUGAAUGUUGUACUACUCUUUUCGAGGAUUUAAUUCGCGAAGAUCUUCAUUAUGACUCUGUGAAUAAUUCCAAACACGUGUUUCUUUUUAUGGACAAUACUUAUGGUGAGUUCCUUAUAUUGGACAAUGGGAAACUUGAUGCAAAUGGGAAUAAGUUCCCCCGUGCCGCCACACUUGAUUUUGACUAUUUUUCUGAAGAAUGGAGUGAGUACCUCAAAGCAGACGAAGAAACAUUUGAUGCAAAUGGGAAUAAUGCUACAGCAACUUUCUCCUUUGAUUUGUCUGAAGAAAGUAAGGGAUUUGCAAAACUCAACAAGUGCGGGGUUCACUUCUUAUAUACUCAAGAGGCAGAGAGAUUUGGUUUUGUAGAACAAACUAACAACGAUGAUGGAGAGUCUGAAUCGAGCAAAGAUGAAAGCAUUCAUUCUGAAUCAGAUCAAGAAGAAAGCAAGGAAUCACUCCCUAAUCAUUCUGAAUCAGAUCAAGAAGAAAGCAAGGAACCACUCCCUAAGAGAAUCAGGACAUAA